AUGACCGAAGUUGAAAUGGUGACCGCUGCCUCUGAGGCUAAGCCCAAACCCGAGAGACUUCCUGUCACAGUCUCCAAGCCCACGCCGUACACUUUUGACUUGGGCUACCUGAUGGCCAAUGAUCCUAAUCCACUUGAACUCCCCCGCUCAGAGCCCUUGAACGCCUCUCUGAAGGCCAUCGCGCGAGACGGCACCCAGUCCCUCCUCAACCAGCUCCUCACUACCUGCCCGAUUACAUCUUCCGCACAGAACGGUGUCCUCCUCACUCUCCCUCCCCCAGCGACUGUACUCCCGCGACACAAGCCCUUGCCCACACCCAAGCCACCUACCAAGUGGGAGCUGUUCGCCCGCAAGAAGGGUAUUGGCAAGUAUAGCAACAAACCCGGCGCUGCGCUGGCGGACAAGGAGCGCCGCAAGAAGCUGGUCUACGAUGAAGAGAAGGGUGAAUGGGUGCCUCGAUGGGGCUACAAGGGCAAAAACAAGUCUGAUGAUGAGUGGCUGGUAGAGGUCAAGGAGAAGGACUGGAAGAAGGAAGAAGAGGCGGCGGCUAAGGGCAGUUCGAUCCGUGGCUUGUCGCGUGCCGAACGCAAGGAGAGAAUACGCCGCAAUGAGAGGAAGAUGAGAUCUAAUGAGCGGAGGUCCCGCAAGUCCGGUGGUGGAUGA